ACAUCCAAACUCUUUACCCAUCCAAAGAAUCUUACCCUCCUUCAAAGUCUAAACAAAGCUUAUAACUUGGGACUCCUUUGAGGAACAAACGAUUCUUAUAAUCGAAGUUCCGAUAGCACAAUAGCACAUCGAUUCUCCCAAUUCCUUUUCAAUCGUCCUGAGACGUUGUCAGUGUAAACAUGUUUGCUUGGCUGGUGACGGUGUUGGAACGUCGCGACGUAAAAUACGUUGGGUCACGUUCCUCCGCAUAGAAGACAUUGCGUCGAGUCGUGCAAAGUGUACUCGAGAACGGCGAGGAGCGGCCAUUUUGGACGAAAUACGCUGGCGUAUUUCUCAGCGCGCCGUGGCUGGAACGCGGCUGUGAACGCGGCUGUGAACGCGGCUGUGAACGCGGCUGUGUGCGCGGCUGUGUGCGCGCUUGUGUGCGCGCGAACGGUCGGUCGGUCUCUUCCACGGUCGUGUGGCCUCUUCCCAGCGGCCAUUAAACCAACGGUUUCAAGUGCUUCGAGCACGUUCCGCGCGGCGCGUUGCGCCUGUGUGUACGCGAACAGCGGCCUCGACAGCGAACAGGCAGCGCCGCGCAACCAGUGUACUCCUACCGACGUUAGAGGAAGGAACGAAUUUCUAGUGUAUUUCUUUGUGUUCACGUCUUUCUAUAUUCCUAUCGUUCAUCUUACAAUCCUUAUUCGUCGAUUUCUAUCGUUCAUUAAUGAAAGUUUGUCAUUGAGGAGAAAUUAUGGAUUGGUCGAAAGAUAUGGGGCUCUCGCUGGUGAACUUAUACAAGAACAAGGAGGUUCUAUGGAACCCGGGGAACUCUGAAUACCAUCAAAAAAAUAGACGACACGAUGCUUGGCAAGAAGUCGCUGAUGAACUCUCCUUGAUUAUUAAAAAACCGGUGUCUUCAUUGGAAUGCAAGAGAAAGAUGGAUACCAUUCUUUCCUCGUUUAGGAGAGAGAGGGUAAAAGUAAGGAAGAUUAGCGAGAUGGCUGAGGGAGAUUCUGACAGACCUUCGGGAUCCACAUGGUUCCUUUAUGAUUCAUUAACUUUUCUUAUCGAAAAAGAUGUUCUCCGUUCCAACAAAUCUUUUGUUAACGUUAAUCGCGACGAACAUUCUCCUCCACCUAUCAAAGUAAACAAACCGCAAUCAGAGAACGAACGAAUAGAAAAGAUGUCUAAGGCAGUGGAAACACCAAGCGAGGACGAGUGUUACAGCUACGGAAUGUUCGUGGCGAAUAAAUUGAAACGCUAUUCAGCUCGUACUCGAAGCGCAGUUCAGCACGCCAUAAGUGAUAUUCUUUUUAACGCUGACAUGGGUUAUUACAAUCAGUCUAGUUCAGUUUCGACGAACACGCAGACUGAACCUAACGUAGUUCAGUGCAUUUGGUUGCAACAGAACGAAAGCACUCAGCAAGAACACGACUUUAAGAACGAAGUAAUCAGUGAUCUGGAGAACGAGAGCGAAAUAUUUAAUUAAAUUCAGCAUCGAAUUGUUAAUAGCGACGAUGAAUUGUACUGUGAUCGUUGCAACGAUAUAAUUUUUCUCGUUGCAAGUUUUAAGCUUCGGUUGAUUAUUUCGUUUUGUUUAUCAAAUGGUUGAUUGAAAUUGCGAGCAAGCUUAUUUUAUACAAGAAAAAACGAACGCGUGUAGAAAUGUUGAAAGUGUAAAUAGAAGUUAAUUUAAAAUAGUUAUUGGCUUUUUAUAGGAACUGGUUGGAUAUUGCUAACGAACCUAUUGUACGUGUAAUAUAUUAUACAUAUCAUAUUAUAUUUAUGUCUAUUUAUACACAGGGUGUACCAAAUAAAUUGUUAUAACUUGUUCUCUUAGAAACCAAUACAGAUAUCGAUUUUAGAUUUUUUUGUACAAUUAAAUGGAACAGAGGAUGAUAUUUUAAUAUAAGAUCUAACGAAAUUGAUAUAUCUAAGAACCAUAUGUGAUAUAUUGAGAAAUUAAAUCUUUAUGUAAUUUGUCUACGCA